AUGCUCACUGAAUUUUUCAAGAUGAAUUCAGUCGAUCCAAAUGCAAGGAAAUAUCUUUAUCGAGAAUUUCCUGAGCAUUACAGAUGGUUAACGAGUUCACGUGAAUGGCAGAAGAGAAAAAGUACACAACGAGUUAUGGGUCGAUUGUAUGUAGCUUCACCAUUGGAAGGAGAACGAUUUUAUUUGAGAAUGUUACUCAAUCAUGUGAGGGAGCGUACAUCGUUCGAACAUUUAAGAACGAUCAAUGGCGUCACACACCCUACAUUCAGGGCUGCAGCUGAAGCCCUCGGUCUAAUCGAAAAUGACGAAAGCAUUCGUCAAUGUCUUUUAGAAGCAUGUUCAGUACGAAUGCCAUCUGCAUUACGUCGGUUAUUUGCAACCAUAUUGGUAUACUGUCAACCAACUGGAUUACGAGCACUCUGGGAUGAGUUUUUCCCUUACAUGGUUGAGGAUUAUCCAGCCUCAAACACAACAAGUAAUUCUGUUUUCCUCACUAACAAACUUUUGCAAGACAUAGAUAGGUUAUUAAGACCACUUAGAAAAAGGAUUUCUGACUACACGGAGUUUCCAAGCUUACCUGAAUGUACUGAUGACAUUGACGAGCUUCCUUCUAUCAUGGAAGAGUACUUUUCUGUUCCGGUUCCAGAUGAGGAUUUGGCAUGCGUUGGCACUCUCAAUAGUGACCAACAAGUUGCAUACGACACAAUAAUGAAUGCUGUCAUUUCAAAGGCUGGCUGUUCUUUCUUCGUCGAUGGUCCUGGGGGAACCGGAAAAACAUUUUUAUACGGAGCCCUUCUUGCUACUGUAAAGAGUAGAGGCGAAAUAGCUAUCCCCACUGCAACAUCUGGAAUUGCAGCAACGUUGUUGCACCAGGGAAGAACAUCACAUUCGACUUUUCAGCUUCCACUUAAUCCAGACAGCUCAUCAACGUGCUCAUUUACCAAACGUUCUAAAACUGCAAUUCUCCUAAAAAAUUCUGCCAUUAUCGUAUGGGAUGAGGCCCCAAUGACACACAGAUAUCAAUUUGAAGCUGUUGAUCGAUCACUCAAGGAUUUAAUGGGGAAUGACUUGCCGUUUGGGGGGAAAAUUAUUGUGUUCGGUGGUGAUUUCAGACAGGUUUUACCGGUGGUUCGAAACGGAACUAGAGCUCAAAUGAUUGACGCAUCUUUUGUCAGGUCCCCUAUGUGGAGACAUAUUCGUAUUUUGCGUUUGAGAGAAAAUAUGAGAUCAAUUGAUGAUAACGGCUUUGCUAAUUUCUUACUCUCUGUUGGGAACGGUAAUGAACCUACUGUUUCAGAUCAGAUGAUAAGGUUACCAACUGCCAUGAUUAUACCAACAGUGGCAGAUAGUUCGAUCGAGGCUUUGAUCGACCAAAUCUUUCCAAGUUUAAGUGAGCAUGUUGGUGAUGGAAAUUUUAUAGUUGAAAGGGCGAUCAUCACACCCCUGAACGAAGACGCUGAUAGAAUAAAUAAUAAGGUUGUCGAAAAGUUUCUCGGAGAAGGAAAAACGUAUUAUUCGUUUGAUUCUGUUCCUGAAGAUAAGAGAAAUUUGUACCAACAAGAGUUUUUGUAUUCGAUUUCUGCGUCGGGAUUGCCUCCCCAUGCUCUCACCCUGAAACCUGGGGUACCCUUAAUGCUUUUGAGAAAUAUUGAUCCUAAACAUGGUCUUUGCAAUGGAACACGGUUGCUUUGCCAUUCAUUAAAGGACAAUUUUAUUGAUGCUGAGAUAUUAACCGGACAUUCUAGGGGGAACAUAGUGUUUUUGCCAAGAAUUCCCUUGAAAACUGCUGAAGAUAUUAAAUUGCCAUUCGAGAUGGUCAGAAAGCAAUUUCCUGUGAAGUUGAGUUUUGCCUUGACUAUCAACAAGUCUCAGGGACAAACUAUUCCACAUGUUGGGAUAUACCUCCCCGAUCAUGUAUUUAGCCACGGCCAGCUAUAUGUGGCAUUAUCACGAGGAAUUUCAGAGAACACGACAAAGAUCGUGGUAGAAAAGGGAAAGGUUCAAGGUUGUGAAGGCAUAUUCACUAAAAAUAUUGUGUACAAAGAAGUUUUGUUGUCUUAUGAUUAG